GAAAAGCAAUAAGUUCAUAACUUAAGACUUUUUUUCUCUUACACAUCUUCACACACCAACCAACCAAUCUUUCCUUCUUCACCGGAGAAAAUCACCGCCGGCGACUUAGUCCACUUCUCCGAUCAUGGGAAAUUGCAAUACUUGUAUAAACAAAGACGCAAUCGAAUCAACCGGGAAAGCAAAAACAUCAUCAACAACAGAGUCAAACUCAAACCAUGGCCGGCGAAGAAAAACAAAACCAAAACCAAAAUCAAAUCCAUACACAGAACAAUCGUUAACUCCAGGAGCAACAAUCCGUGUUCUGAAAGAAUCAAAUCCAAGAAACCGAAUCAACGACAAGUACAUACUCGGUCGUGAACUUGGCCGUGGAGAAUUCGGUAUAACAUAUCUUUGCACAGACAAGGAAACAAAACAAGAGCUGGCUUGUAAAUCAAUUUCGAAGCGGAAAUUAAGAACUGCGGUUGACGUUGAAGAUGUUCGGAGGGAAGUAGCGAUCAUGUCGACGUUGCCGGAGCAUCCAAAUGUGGUGAAGUUGAAGGCUACUUAUGAGGAUGAUGAGAAUGUUCAUCUUGUGAUGGAGUUGUGUGAAGGAGGGGAGUUGUUUGAUAGGAUUGUUGCUAGAGGGCAUUAUAGUGAAAGAGCUGCUGCUCAUGUUGCUAGGACUAUUGCUGAGGUUGUUAGGAUGUGUCAUGUUAAUGGUGUUAUGCAUCGGGAUCUUAAGCCGGAGAAUUUUCUAUUUGCUAAUAAGAAGGAGAAUUCUGUUCUUAAAGCUAUUGAUUUUGGUUUAUCUGUCUUCUUCAAGCCCGGGGAGAGAUUUUCAGAGAUUGUGGGGAGUCCUUACUAUAUGGCACCAGAGGUUUUGAAGAGGAAUUAUGGUCCAGAGGUUGAUAUAUGGAGUGCAGGGGUGAUUCUAUAUAUUUUGUUAUGUGGGGUGCCUCCAUUUUGGGCUGAGACUGAGCAAGGGGUUGCUUUGGCGAUUUUGAGGGGGGUAAUUGACUUCAAGAGGGAGCCUUGGCCUCAGAUUUCUGACAGUGCUAAGAGCCUUGUGCGUCAAAUGUUGGAACCCGAUCCUAAAAAACGCUUGACUGCUGAACAGGUGCUUGAACAUCCUUGGCUACAAAAUGCAAAGAAAGCUUCGAACGUUCCAUUAGGAGAUAUUGUGAGAACAAGGCUUAAGCAGUUCUCUUUGAUGAAUAGAUUCAAAAAGAGAGCUCUUCGGGUAAUUGCGGAACAUUUAUCUCUUGAAGAAGUAGAAAUAAUCAAAGACAUGUUUACAUUGAUGGAUACCGACAAAGAUGGCAGAAUAACAUAUGAGGAACUGAAGGCUGGUUUGCGGAAGGUUGGCUCACAGCUGGCUGAGCCAGAGAUAAAGUUGCUGAUGGAUGUGGCCGAUGUUGAUGGGAAUGGAGUUCUUGACUAUGGAGAGUUUGUAGCUGUGACAAUUCACUUGCAAAGAAUGGAGAAUGACGAGCAUUUCCGUAAAGCAUUCAAGUUUUUUGACAAAGACGAGAGUGGGUAUAUUGAGUUAAGUGAACUAGAAGCAGCAUUAGUGGAUGACUUGGGAGAAACUGAUACUAAUGUACUGAAUGAGAUCAUGCGAGAAGUUGACACUGACAAGGAUGGUCGCAUCAGUUAUGAGGAGUUUGUGGCCAUGAUGAAAACGGGAACUGAUUGGAGAAAAGCAUCCCGGCAAUAUUCUAGGGAAAGAUUCAAGAGCCUGAGCAUAAACUUGAUGAAGGACGGCUCACUUCAGCUUCAUGACGAGAUAAGUGGUCAAGCUGUUGUGGUUUGAGUAUAAAGUUACUUCUUUCUUUAACAUUGGUGCUCACUAAGAUUCCCCUUUUCAUCCACCCCUUUCCAUUCUUCAAACCAUGGUUUGUGUAAUCUUGCCAUAAAAGCAAUCAAGUUUUUGGAGUGUACUGAUUACUUGAGUUGGAGUUGGGUAGCUUAGGUUUCUCGGCUGGCUUGGUGUUCGAUGGUUGAAGAAUGCGUUGGAGGAUUGUAUACUAAAGAUUGUUUUAUAACUUGUCAGUAAAAAGUUGGAGGAUUGCAUACUAAAGAUUGUUUUAUAACUUUUGAGUAAAAGAAUUGUGAAGGGCUGGAGGAACAUGCUGCAGGCCUCAAAAUGUCAUGUAUAUUCAUUGUAUACUUAUGUCAUGUUACUUAUGUUUUAUAAUUUCAUUGAUAAAUGUGGUUUUUCUAACUGUUAUAGGCAGAAACCAGUCAGGGUUUGUCCGAUCUGUGGUGUGAGCUUCUAAGAAAGUUUCAUUAUCUGCAAGUUAAGCAGUUUCACUCUGUCCUAGGGAUUUGUCCUGGCUUUGUGCCAAGGAAUACUUUGGUUCAACCAAAAGAUUCACUUUGUUUGUAUAAAAUGCAGAUUUAUUGGGUUUUUUCCUUCUAAGUUAUCACUUGUAUUCACAGGUUCUUCCA